CACCACAACCCGGAAGUGAGGUGGAUGAUUGCCGGUUCUUACGUUUGGAUCUCUUUGGAUCUAUAUGAGUCACAGUCUCGUGUAAACCUGAUUGUUUAGCAGCUUGUUACGGAAUUCUUUGUCGUCUUUAUAAUUUCGUGUUCCGCACUAGGGCGUUUGACAGGCGCCAGAGAGUACAGGAGGACCACACUGGGGAAGGAAAGGAUCGCAACCUUGGGAAAUUUAGUCUACUACUAGGUCACCACAGAAGAAACCUUAAGAAGGAAGCAAGAUGUCCCUGGGACCAGGCUGGACAGGGUACCAGUGGUUUCUGGCCCUCAUGAUGUUGAUAACAGGAUCUAUCAACACUCUCACCACCAAAUUUGCAGAUCUUCAGAAGGCCCCUGGGAAACCUGGGACACCAGUCCAUGACUUUAAUCAUCCCUUUCUACAGGCUUCUGGCAUGUUUAUUGGCGAGUUUUCCUGUCUGGUGGUGUUCAAAAUCUGGGUCUGGUACCACCGCUGUAAAAAACAACCUGUGGAUGUCGGGAACCAGAACUUCAACCCACUGGUCUUCCUGGCUCCUGCACUGUGUGACAUGACAGGCACUUCUCUGAUGUACAUUGGACUGAACUUGACGUAUGCCUCAAGUUUCCAAAUGCUGCGUGGAGCUGUCAUCAUCUUCACUGGACUUUUGUCUGUCGCAUUCCUUGGGAGGAAACUUAAGAUGCAUCACUGGGUUGGGAUCUUCUUCGUUCUGAUUGGUCUGAUCCUUGUGGGCGUGUCAGACUUCAUCUUCAAGAGCCCUGACUCUAAUGGGUUGGGAUCAAAUGGGGUCAUCACAGGUGACUUGUUGAUCCUGAUGGCCCAGGUGAUUGCUGCUAUCCAGAUGGUGGUGGAGGAAAAGUUUGUGUCUGGACUAAACAUCCCACCCAUGCAGGGGGUAGGCUGGGAAGGCCUGUUUGGUUUCACCGUCCUGACGACUCUACUCUUCCCGUUCUACUUCAUGAAAGUCGGCCCUCCCUUCGGAGCCAAUCCUCGCGGCGUGUUCGAAGACGCGUUGGACGGCCUGUGGCAGAUAAGCAACAACGUCAACAUCGCCCUCGGCGUGUUCGGAACCAUCAUCAGUAUUGCCUUCUUCAACUUUGCCGGGCUCAGCGUUACCAAGGAGAUGAGCGCCACAACGAGGAUGGUACUGGACAGUGUCCGGACUCUGGUUAUCUGGGUGUUUAGUCUGGCUGUAGGGUGGGAAGACUUCCAGUACCUUCAGCUGAUUGGUUUUCUCAUCCUCCUAUCAGGAACGGCGGUGUAUAACGAUAUGUUGUUUGUCCCACUCCUGCGUCGUUUUGGGAUCAUAGGGAGCGUUCCACUGGCAAGUCCAGAUGAAAGAAAGCCCUUGAUUCAAGAUGAUGCUUAACAAUUCUGGCACAAUUCUUAAGUCAAAAAAUUUAUGAUCUAUUGGCAAAUUGCCCCCAACACUGGUGCAAUAACAUGACAUUUUAUAUAAUAUGUUGUUCAUGUAUUGACAAUGAAUCAUACAACUGAUUUCUGACUUCCUUUCUAAAACACCUAAAUAUUCACUCUUGGUUCUUGCCUAAAAUGUUCAUGUUAGUUCUUGAAAACAUUUUACUUGCUUGUGAAAUCCUACAGGUACUAGUAUUUCCCUGUAAUCAGGGAUAUCUUAGAUUAUUCCAUGGUGUUUUAGAUAAUUUUAUUUCUGUACCACUGUGAUGUUCCAAAUGACUGUUGCUAAUAGCUCUGCAAUGUUUUUGUUAAUUGCAGAUAGUCAUGGUUUUAAGUGCUGUGGUAAAAGAAAUUGCUGUUUUUAAGGUGGAAUCUCAAUGUCAACUGUUCUGUGAAAUCUUAUGACUGCCAUUUAAUUACCCGGUAUGUGUAUUCAAUAAGAGGACAAUUUUUUGUAAGACCACAAAUGUUAUUUUGGAUACCGGUACUUGAACAUAAGGAGACAAAGAAUUAACGUAAAACCAAGCCCAAGAGGAAAAUGUUGAUCUUACUACUGCCAGUUUUGAAACUGUUCAUAUCAUGACAUGUAAACUCUCUUUACAUGCUCUGUUUUUGUAAUGCUUUUCCAAGAGAAUAGAUAGACUGGUGUGGUUUAAUCUAAGCUCAGGGUCUCAACAUUUACGGGUUUUCAUAGACACAUCAACAAGACCACAAUACAGAAUGUGGUAUGACCAGUGAAAUCCUGUAGUAAACUCUGUAUACAAAAGUGUGUAUACACAGCACAUCAUACUGCCAUGGACAAUGUUACUUUGUACACAUUCACAUGUUUAUUGUUCCUAUGUGUCAUUUGAAAACUUAAGGCAAUAUUUUGACAAUACCUGCAUGUCCAAACCAUUUACCUCGGUCAAUGUACCAAUACUAGUAUUUCAUACCAAUAUCUGUAACCAGAUCAGGGUUGACUUAUAUUUUGAAUCCAGAGCUGUAAGUACAAACUAGUAGGGUGCCACUUACAUUUCCCUUUGGUUCUUGACAAAAACAUAUAAAUCAUGUUGUUGUGGCCUAAUCUAAUGAAAAGAUACUGCUACAAAUGAACAAAGCUAUAUUGGAAUCAUAUCAGAGCUAUUUUGAUACCUCAGACUUUAGUAUUUUUACACAUGAAAUAAAUUUUAAUCUAUUAUUAACAUUUGUGUUGAUAAAAAGAAUUUUAUGAUCUGUGAUUUAUUAUUUCUUUCAAAUCUGUGACACCAACAGAUUAAUGAUUUCGAUAAUAGAUAGAUAGCCUUGUUCUCCUCUUGGCGUUUUGAGUAAAUAAAUCAAUUUUAUGUUCAAA